UGCAUCACCGGCUACGUCUUUAAAGGCAGGGAAGGAGAACACGAAAUAGAGAUGACGUGUGAACAGGGAAGAUGGUCACCUACACAGACCUUUCCGGUUUGUGUUUCGAGUGGCCUGUGCGAGCUGUCUCUCACUGGAGAAGGUUCUGGUUCUUAUAACUGCACCAUGGAAAUGAAUGGUAAAAAAUGUGAUGUUGUUUGUGACGGAAAACGUCAAGGGCGGUACUUCUGCUACCCGGGCAGACAAUGGGAGCCCAGACUACCGCAUUGUGUCCAAGCCAAAGGGGAUGCAACUGUCAUAAACGCUGAUCGUAGACGAUGCCAAUGUCAAAACGGAGGCACGUGUGAUGCUUAUGGACGCUGCGUCUGCCUUGCUGGAUGGUCUGGUGUUAAGUGUGAACAGUCGAACAGUCACUGCAAGUUGGUACUAACUGGACACAGUAAUGGCUCUUACGACUGCACAACUGAAAUGAAUGGAACCGUAUGUGAAGUUCAGUGCAAUGGAAGGAAACGGGGGUACUUCUACUGUUACCCGGACAGUGAUUGGCAGCCCAGACUUCCCGAUUGUGUGAAGGUGAAAGAAGAUGCAGCUUCCAACCGCAUACGCUGUCAGUGCCAAAAUGGUGGUUAUUGUGACGCCGAUGGCCGAUGCGUCUGCCCUGCUGGAAGAUCAGGGACCAAGUGUGAAAAAGGAGGCCCAGCGAUCAUAGACGAUAACCUUACGCGAUGUCAGUGCCAGAAUGGUGGCAUUUGCGACAACGAUGAACGUUGCCUCUGUCCUGAUGGAUGGUCAGGAACUUACUGUGAGAAAGUGUCCUGUGCGGAUCCGGGUCCAUUAGCCAAUGCCGACAGCGUGAACAUGUUUGGAGCUUCUGCUUCUUCCAGGACAAAUUACAGACCUGGAGAGAUUGUAUACUUUUCCUGCAACCCAGGUUUCGGUUUACAGGGCUCAGCCUACAUCACUUGCCAAACGUCUGGAAGCUGGACCGAGAAGCCAACAUGCGUCCAACUGACUAGAGCUGCACCGACUACUUCACCUAGUCCUGCCGAUUCCGAUUCUGUAAGCCUGGAUUGCCCUGAUCCCGGUAGCAUCGCCAAUGGCAUACGCAAGUCCUAUCCGCCCCUGAACGACCAGCAACGCGGGUACCAGCGAGGGAGUCGCGUGACCUACUCUUGUAAGGAGGGAUAUCAGCUGCAAGGAGUCGAGUCCAUCUUCUGCUUGAUCGGCGGGGAAUGGUCCUCCACCAAACCCGAAUGUGACCAAGUUCCUAGAUCAGAUGAUGAAACUGUCAUACACGCUUAUGAUGGUCCUUGCCAGUGUCAAAAUGGCGGCUACUGUGAAAGCCCUGGACGUUGUGUCUGUCCAUCUGGGUGGUCAGGUAUUUACUGUGAGAAUGCUGAGGAGCUUGGAGAUCUGUACUGUCUUGACCCUGGAGUUGUGGAAAAUGCACAACGCGAGUCCUAUCCUCCCGUGAGUGCCCGACAACGGGGGUACCUCCAGGGAACUCGCAUGACUUACACCUGCAAGGAAGGGUACCAUCUACUGGGAGCUCAGUCCAUAUUUUGCUUGGUUGGCGGAGAAUGGUCCUCCAGUAGACCCACAUGCGAUCCAAUCCCCAGAGCAGAAGAGGAAGCUGGCAUUCUCGUUUAUGACGUACAAUGUGAGUGUCAAAAUGGUGGGCAAUGUGACAGCGCUGGACGAUGCAUAUGCCCUGCUGGAUGGUCAGGCACUUACUGUGAGAAAAGGGCACUCGAUGGUGGAAGUUUGUACUGUCUCGACCCUGGAGCAGUCGCCAAUGCUGAACGCACCUCAAUUCCUCCCCUGAGUUCCCGCCAAAGGGGUUUUCUUCAGGGUAGCCGUGUGACGUACACCUGCAGGGAAGGGCACCAACUGCAAGGAGACGCGUCUAUGUUUUGCCUGGAUAAUGGAGAAUGGUCCACCACAAAGCCCAAAUGCGAACCAAUCCAUACAGUCCAGGAAACACACAUUCCAGCGAGCUAG